CCCCCGCGCUCCCUCGGGCGACCCCCCCCCCCCCCCCCACCUUCGCCGCGGCGGGGCCCGCCGAAGAGCGCCGGCGCGUGGCCGACGAGACCCCCUCUGCCGCUGAGCAGGCGGCGUGCGAUGCCCAGCAAGGAGAACGUGGCCCCGGACAACAGUGAGGUGGACCGGCUUUCCUCGAGCCCGUUGCCGGUGAAGAAUACGUUCAUCCACUACGACGCUACCAAGACUCCCCUCAGGACCUGGACUGGUGACAAGCUGGCAUCGCCACAGACUGUGCCACCGAACUUCGCCCCCGAGGAGGGCGAGCUGCUGCUGGACAGGCCGACGUGGCCCCCGGGCCCCCCGCAGCUGCAGGGCGGGGCGGCGGCCUCCCUGGAGGCGCUCGGGGGCGUCGGCGGCGAGGGCGGCAGGCCCAGCACGGCGACGUGGCCCCUGUCCGUCGCCCUGGCGGCCAGCGCGGCGGCGGCCGCCUGCCCCGCCGACGGGGCCGCGGCGGCCGUGAGGCAGCAGGGUGCGCACCGAGGGAUCGCGCCGCUGAAGCUGUUCGACGCCCUCAACCUGCAGACCCCGCCGUGCGCCGCGCCCACUUCCGUGGCCCCUUCGGCGCAGGCGCUGGCAAUGCCGCAGAACCCGUUGCAGGCAGCACCUCAGGCAGCUGCAGUCUUUCAGGACAGAGGGCGCUGCAGCUCGGCGGCAUGCCCGGGCAGCCCCAGCUGCCCCUGGGGGCGCUGCAAGGCACCCCGGCGUCCGCGGGCCUUCCCAUGUGGCCCUGCCAGGUGGGCACCCCCACCGCAGCGACGCCAACUGGGCCGUGCGGUGCGCUGCAGGCGCCCUUUGGGUGCACUGCGCCGCUGCAGCCCGAGGCGCAGGGCCAGGCGGUGGCUUGGCCAUUUGGCUGCGGCACGAUCCACCAGGCUCCUGGCGUGGUGGGCAACGGCGCUAUACAAGGAUGCGGCAGCUGCGGACCAUUUUAAACAUCGGCCUGCCGACCAGCUGUAGGGACAUCGCUGGGCUUUCACAGGCACUGUGUGCCUCUUGCGCUGCCACGCGAAGGGAGCAGAGGAAGCAGGUGCACGCAUGUCUCGUUCCCCGUGUGAGCAAGAUCCCAGGCACUCGCAGUUGCUGCGGCUCACCUCCCCAUGCUGAGUGAACAUGUGCUCGAGCUGGAUCUCAUAACCAUAAGCAUGGGAUGGCCACGGAGGGGUGCGCAGCCAAAUGGGUGCGAUCACGACCGGGCGCGUGCCCAACGCCGGAAGGGCGCCCCAGAAGUAGGAUUUCUCCCCGGUUGGCCUACCACGUCCGCCCUUGGAGACCCGUCCCAGUGCGACAUCUCAUCCUCGGUCUCCACGUGUGUGAAAAAGCUCCAAUCCUUCAGUCUGACAAUAUUUCCCAGCCAUCCUGUGGUGUUGGGUCCUCGUUUUGACGAGACGGCGCCCC